AUUUUUUUUAAAUAUCUCUGAAGACAAGACAAUCUUUCAUCAUUUUUUCUUGUCUUUCGCCUCUUUUCUAGAUGAAAGUCCUCGUUCUCGUCCUGUGCACGCUUGCACUGACCUCAGCCACCGACCAGUGGGAGGAAUUCAAGAAAACCCAUGGAAAAUCCUAUGCCAGCCAGGAAGAGGAACUCUACAGGAAGUCUGUCUUUGAGGAGAAGCUGAAAUUCAUAGAGGAACACAACAAGCGCUAUGAACAAGGCCUGGAGACGUACACCGUUGCCGUGAACAAGUUUGCCGACAUGACCCAAGAGGAGGUCGUCUCCAAACCGGCCUCAAAGGGCCCGCCCGCCAAAGGGAAAAACCUCCACAGAACCUCCGAGACGCCCGUGGCUGCCGCCUGGGACUGGAGGGACCACGGAGCCGUUACCCCCGUCAAAGACCAGCAGCAGUGCGGGUCCUGCUGGGCCUUUUCGACGACUGGAUCUCUGGAGGGCGUCCAUCAAAUAGCCACCGGAAACUUGGUCAGCCUCUCAGAGCAGGACUUGGUCGACUGCUCUGGGGACUGGGGCAACGCUGGAUGCAACGGCGGGUGGCCCCAGAUGGCGUUCCUGUACAUCAUGGACGUCGGAGGAAUCAACACGGAGUCCCGAUACCCCUAUCAAGCAGUGGACGAUUCCUGCCGCCACGACACCCAGGAUAUCGGCGCCACCUGCAAGGACUACGUUGAUAUCGCCACAGGCGACGAGAAGGCUCUGGAGGACGCCAUCCAGAACAAUGGCCCAGUCAGCGUCUGCAUCGAUGCGUCCAAGCCGUCCUUCUCGAGUUAUUCCUCUGGAGUCUACUACGAACCCCAUUGCCAUUCUAAAAUGCUCAACCACGCAGUGCUGGCCGUUGGCUUUGGCGAGGAGGAUGGACAGGAAUACUUCCUGGUCAAGAAUUCUUGGGGCGAAGGAUGGGGAGAACAGGGCUACAUCAAAAUGGCCAAGAAUAGAGACAACAACUGCGGUAUUGCAUCAAAUGCCUGUUAUCCCGUCGUUUAAGUACUUCGGUGCCAAAUGUAUACAUUUAUGUGGCUCGAGCUAAGACGUGAUGUUUCUAAAUUAAAAUUGGAAAGAACAUAGCAAUGCAUCUCACGUGUAUGGAGCAAUUAGUAACCAAGUAUUCAUAAUUGCA